UACAGUUGCCGGAAGCAAAUAGUCACAUCCUUUAGGUCAAACCACUCGUCAAGCUAGCUCAAUAUGGGUCGCGUGCGCACAAAGACAGUCAAGAAAGCCUCUCGAGUUCUUAUUGAGAAAUACUACCCCCGCUUGACUUUAGAUUUCCACACCAACAAGCGUGUUAUCGAUGAAGUCGCUGUUGUGCCUUCGAAACGUCUACGCAACAAGAUUUCUGGCUACACCACCCAUUUAAUGAAGCGUAUUCAGCGUGGGCCCGUUCGUGGUAUCUCUUUCAAGCUGCAGGAAGAAGAGCGUGAGAAGAAGGACAACUACGUCCCUGAAGUUUCCGCACUCGACUAUUCCGCUGGUCUUGAGGUUGACCCCGACACUAAGGACCUCCUCAAGCACCUCAAUUUCGACCAUCUCCCAGUUACUGUCGGUGCUCAAGUCACUGGAAACCCUCUUGUCGAGCGCCGAGGGCCAAGGCGGUAUGUUCCUGGUGCUGGGAGAUCAUAAGGGCUGCCUUUCUUUGCCUUCCACCUUACAAAAGCCCGCAUUCCGGUCGAUUGGUCACGCAUAUGCU